AUGAGUGAUGCAGAAGUCUACCAAAUGGUGAAAGACAACCGCAUCAGCAUACUGAUGUUGGUGAUGAUGAAUGUCACGGCCCUAUCAAAGUGUUUGGACUUUGAAAGUGCUUGUAAAACCGUGGUCGCACUUCACCGCGCAGGCGUGUCUAUCCUGGCUGGGACAGAUGCCAAUAGUGUACCGGGUGUACCGGCGAAGGUAUCAUACGGCAUCAGUCUUUAUGAGGAGCUGGAGCUCCUUGUUCGCUGUGGGAUGUCAACAACAGAAGCUCUUCGGCCUGCGACAAGUGUGGCAGCGAAAUAUUUUGGCGUAUGUGACUGCGGAUUUAUCCAGCCUGGUUAUCGAGCUGAUCUAGUUUUGAUUGGAGGCAACCCGGUUGAGAAUAUCACGGCAACAAAAUCUAUUCAAACGGUAUGGAUCGCUGGGCAGGAAUUGAAGCAUUCGCAGGCUUGA